AUGUGGCUGUACGAAAACUCGCACGGCUGCGCUAGCGCGCUGUUUUCCAACAAUGCAUUCCUGUUUGUGUGGCACUGCUACGGAAAUGCCACUUUCGGAUAUGAUGAGCUCCUGCCGACUUCAAAUGGCAGCAUUCAGAAUUUCAAUGGUUGGGGAGUGAUGCUCCAUGAUUCUCUGAAUUCCAUGCUUCUCAUGCGCCUCAAAAACUCUGAAGAGUACAAGCACGCGAUGGAGCAUGUUGCCAAGCAGACCUUCAAAGACCAUGCGGGUUGCUGUCUGUCUGUGGAUUGUCGGGCGACUUGGUACUUGGAAAAGGCCAACGAGGCCUCCCUUACCAUGGCUAUGACCCAACCGGGAAGUGCAGAUGGAGGGUGGGUUGUGGAGUGCAUUUUGGAAAUCGGUACUCGCUCGGCGUAA